GACAAACAAAGCAUCUUUAUUCUACAUUUAAAUCAAUGAUGUGUCUUGAGGAAUUAUUACUUUAUGCACGGAAUACUUUUAAAUUUGCCUCAAGGGAAACUGGCGAAAAUCUAUCGGGCUUCGCGUUGUAAGCAGUGGCAGAUAAAGGAUAGAACGACCAACAUCGAGCGAAUUACGUUUUGAAAGGAAAUUUUCAAAACGCACCGCAAGGUUAAGAAGGGUGUUAGCUCGAAAAAGGCAUCUCGACUCUAGUAUUCGACUGAUUUAACUCAAGGACUCGGAAAAUCAUCUUCGCAACUGAUUAACUACAAAAUAUCUUUGAUUUAUGAAAUAAAUCCGUUGUUUAAUUGAGCCACUUCAUCAACAUCGCUAGAAACCGCGAACUGUUAAACGUAGCAGUAUUUCAAGAUGGAUUUUGGAGGAGGCUCGCAGUUUGACGGGUCCGACAGAUCCCGAAUUUUCAUCAACGUCGGAGGAUUUCGACACGAGACUCAUGUCUCUACACUCAAGAAUAUUCCUGAUACCAGACUUUACUGGAUAGCGGAGAAUCAUGAUACGGAAAGCUCUGGAAAACGAGAAUAUUUUUAUGAUCGCCAUCCGGGUGCAUUUACGCAAAUUUUGAAUUACUAUCGUACCGGCAAACUACAUUAUCCAACAGAUAUGUGCGGACCCAUGUUCGAAGAAGAACUUUGUUUUUGGGGAAUUGACGAAAAACAAAUGGAACCUUGUUGCUGGACCACAUAUACAAAGCAUCGAGAAGCCGAAGAAAAUUUGAAAGCCUUUGUUGGCCCCGACUUCGAGCACCUGAAAAGUAAUGACCUUGAGAGAUCCUCUUCUGACAUAUCUGGCAUCGAUGAGAAGAAAGAUAACUUUUGGAAAAGAAUACAGCCUAAAAUUUGGAAUAUUUUGGAUGAACCUCAUUCAUCUAAGCUGGCAAAGAUCGUCUCAUAUCUCUCCUGCUUCUUCAUCAGUUUGUCAAUUGCUGCAUUCUGUGUCUCCACAUUACCAGGAAUUCGAUUAGACGAUGAGAUCUUAGGCAGACGUGAUGGAUUGUCUGUUCUCGAAAUUGUCUGCAGCAGUUUUUUUACUUUAGAGUUUCUAAUGAGAGUCAUAUUUUGCCCCUCCAAGCUUUUUUUCUUCAAGAGACCUAUGAAUUGGAUUGAUCUGAUAUCGAUUUUGCCAUUUUAUGUCUCGUUUCUGACGGAGGACGAAAAAGUGAAAAUGUUCUUGGUCAUUCGAGUAAUGCGACUAUUCAGAUUUGUAAAGCUGUCUUAUGGUCUCCAAAUUAUGAUCCACACUCUGAAGGCCAGUUCCCACGAACUAGUUCUUCUUCUUCUCAUGCUCUUGAUCCCAGUGGUCAUGUUCUCCAGCAUCGUGUACUAUAUUGAAAUCAUACUGGACAAAAAGUCACACUUUAACUCAGUUCCACAGUCCUUUUGGUGGUGCCUUAUUACCAUGACAACUGUGGGAUAUGGUGAUCUCACCCCGCAAACCUGGCCGGGCAAAAUCAUCGGAGGCGCCUGCGCAGUUUGUGGUGUGUUGAUCGUUGCUCUGCCGAUUUCGGUCAUCGGUAGUAACUUCAACUUGUACUACGCGCAUGCGCAAGCGAGGCUCAAGCUUCCAGUCAAGCAGCAUCGACUUGUCCUUGGGGGCGUCCCGGGUCUACUGACAAAGCAUCAGGAACUGAGCUCGCGGAGAAAGAAGAAGUCUUGUGCUUUACCGAACCACGUGGAUGUGGAAAUGAGCUGUAUGACAGAGCGAACAUCGCUCAGAUCCUCGAUGCCCCACAGCCCACUCCUAGAGCUGCGCAGAGCCACAGCUAGAACUAUACAUGAGUCAGAUGUAGAUCUUCUGACAGCAGAUGAAGACGAAAGAAGUGUAUCAUCUCCAUUACUGAAACCAAGUCCCCAACUGCACCCGAGAGGGUUUGGAGACAAUAACAAAGCAGUAAAUUUCCAAGGUCUUCCUAGAAGGCGACCUCGCCGAACAUCCGGGACACUUAUGCCACGAAAAGUGAGCACUGUCCCGGAUGAAGAGAGCAGAGAUAUGCAGAAGCAAGAUGAGACAUCCGAAAAACUGUCACGUGCUGAGAGGAGUGCUGCGCAUGGUGGGUGUAGUAAUGAUAGUCAAGUACCAGAAAACAUUCAACUGACACCAUUAGAGGUGGAACAAACUCAGGAAUCCUCCCCACAUCCCAAUACCGAGAGCUCGGGAUAUUCCCCCACUCACCUUAGCAGCGACGAACAAAUAAACAGUACAAUACAGAGGGAAUUCGAUCCAUUGGUUCCAGUGAUAGGUUCUGGAGAAGACAAUAUUCGAGCAAAGUGGUUUUUAGAGGGAAGCAAUUUUGGGAAACCACGACAAGAUGAUUCAAGAGGCCAGAUCAUCGCAAACGGGGAUGUUAAAUCUUCAUUUAUUAAAAGGCCUUCCGUGGACUCUGGCAAUAGAUCUUCGCAAGAGUCAAAUAGCAAUUACUUAUCCUCUGUGGAAACUCCACUUAAAAAACGAAAAUCUCUAUCAGAUUCUCUUCUCUGCGCAAUGCCACAAGAUGAUAGAGACUCUUAUAAUGGAACCUCAAAGGAAGAUAAUGAAAAUGAACUAAAAUCUGACCCUUUUAGUGCUGAUCGUAAGCAGAUUUUUUCCAAGCAGAAUGGGUCACCUUUCUCAGGGAAAAAGGCAAUUUUUAGUAAUGGACCCUGUCUUAAACAUUUAGAUGAAGAUAUGACUGCCCACCGAAAUAGAACAACAACUCAUCCGUGUUAUGAGUCACCGGAGCUGCCAAAGAAAAGACGGAAUGCAGCUUGUACCGUGGCAAUUUUGUCUGCAAGUGAUAGAAGUAGUGAAGACUUUCUAGAAACGAAGAUUUAAAAUAUAAAAAGGGAAAUACUAACGCGUGCUCAUGAAAAAUCAUAAUUUUUGGAUUCUCAAGAAAAAUUUCGAGGCAACCGUAUCAUAAGUCCAGUUGGAAGUGUUGCAGAAUUCAUCAUGUCAAAGAAACUAUGUAUUUGUAAUUACAACUUAGGUUUAGAAAGUUUUCACAGUUUAGACAAAUGUGCCUCGGACUCAAAAUUUUUCUUGACCAUUUUAGUAAAAUAAUGACAUUACAAUGUUACUUAAGAGGUGAACAAAAGUUGAGAUCGAAUCCGUGAUAAAGGAAGCUUCCUCUAUUUUUUUCAAUUUUUCCUAAGCCUUUUCCUUGGAUAAUCCCUGUUAAGGAAGUUGUAUAUCACUUAUAUUUUCUAUGAUCCCCUUCCCCCAAUCAAGACUCUAAAGAUAACUAGUGAUGUUUCUCGAAUCUUUUUCACGUUGAUACCCUAGUGGGUUCUGUAUUGGCCACUGCUGUUUCUCAAAUCUCGUUGACGUGGAUACUCAGAUGGAUUCUAUUCGUUAGUCAGCAAAGCAUCCAGCUAACAAACGAGAUAGUUUCAAUCCUACACAAGAGAGGCCAGAUCCUGGAGCCUUCAAAUAACUUAACAAGUAAUAAUACCACACGUGGUAAUGUUGAUGUGCUGCGAUUAAGACAGCUUUUAAACACUUAGACAUUUAUUAAGUGACAUUGUAGUACUGCUCCAUAUUGGUUGAUGAGUCUAAUACAGUAAGAAACAAGUGCCUCAGUCUUUUCACCAGGGGGGCAAUUAAUUAUUUUUGACAAUACAGUUUUAACAAUUCAAACAGUAUCGCUUGCAAAAAGGUACGUUUAUAAAGUUUUCUCUAUUGUAAAUUUAAGUGGGCUCUGACACUCAUCAAAAUCGAAUCUCAAAAGGCAUCACUCUCAUUCGAGCUUAAGACUCUUCGCCACUGAGCUCAUUUCAAAGUAACUAUAGAUAUGGGAAAACGAGGGGUGUUUUUUUGGACUAAAACAUUUCUGAGGAAACUUGGUCAAAGAUGAAAAUAAUUAAUGAUCAUAAGACAUUAACUGAUGGAUUCAUGAAGUUGUAAUCAAUCACGUUUUUCAUCAAAUUAUAAGAAGAAGUAGAAUUUCAUUAUUAAAGCAUCAGUGCUGUAGAUUUGAUUUUAAAGAGUUUGAAAAUGCACGAGG